CUCUGUAUGACGAAGCUCUUGUUACAUUUCUGGUUAAGUGCAUACUUGUAUAUAGCAUACUUCCCGUCCAGGUGUGGACUAUUUGUCACUCGCGCCCUCGUGAAAACCAAACCAGUCAUCAGUCGACGAAGAACAUUAACCAAAAGUCCUCUGCAUUGACACACUGUGGGCACGGACGUGCUGUAGGUGGGCUUGCCGCUGCCUGGGACGCGGGAGUGGUAAGAACAAUACAGGAUACAGAUCGACCUACAAUUCUCGAGCGUUUAGCAAGGCAGCCAAGAGAGAAGAAGGCUGGUCAUCAUAUGGAUUGCACUUGUUUUGAUCUUGUGGGCUUUGCUGCACAAGGUCAGAUCCAGUUAAACCUCAAACUCUUGUUCAUAAAUUUAUUGCUGUGGGCUGCAUGUCACCCUCAACUGGCCCUCAACAGUGCAGCUCAAACUCUGCAGUCUGCUCAGCAUGAAGAGGAACUGUCACCAACCUUAGUCUUGCAAUCAAGCCUGCUCCCUGAUGUUUUCUUUGUUGACAAAUUCAACCCAACAGCCCAGACUCACUUUUCGCAUGUGGGUCCCUCCCUAGACAGUUUAAUAAACACACCAGCCUCAGAUUUUCCAGAUGCAGCUUCUCAAAGUACAACAUUCACUUUAAGUUUGACGAAAGAAUUUUAUUUAGAAUCCUCUGAGAAAACUCUUUUUCCAGUGUCAGCCAGCUUCAUUGAUUCAGUUGCAGACACUCCACGAUGGAUAAGUCCUAGUCUGUAUGAGACCAGUGGUUUACCACCCUUUGAAACUCCAGCCAAAGUAUUUAACAUUGCUUCUCCAACAGAUAUUGUGUCAAGCUCUGACAGUAUUCUUGAGAGUAUUGAGAGUUCUUAUCAAAUACUGACACUUUCAUCAUCAUCAUUGCUCAGGACACCUUCACCUGUAUAUAAAGUAUCUGAUUUGACAUCUCAGACAAGUGACAAUUUCAGUAGGUUCUUAUCUUCCCCGAUGUCUGUGCACUGGACAAGCAAACUUUUGGACAUUAAUGCCACUGUGGUGAUAAGCUCAUCAUCAGAGCAUAUAAUACCUUCCAGAGCAGAGGAAACCACUCCCGCUGACUGGCCAUCAUCUGCAUCUCUGAUAACCAGUUUGCCACCUGGUAACCUGUCUUGUGCACAAGGAGGGGAUGACUGUGAAGAGGUUAACGAAGGGCUUGAUGAUGGUGUACGACUAAAGGUCAUCAUAGGAGUGGUAUGUGGGGCUGCAGCUUUGGUUCUGCUGCUUGUUGUCUUGAUUGGCUUUCUGUUUCGACGACGGGGUAAAAUGUCUUCUGGAUCAAAGAUAGAUCUUUCCAGCUAUUGGGAUGACAGUGUCACCUUGAGCUACAUUAAUGGGCAUGCUGAUAUUCCAAAGGACAAUGCUGAUGAGAUGAUUUCACUAGACAACGACUCAUUCCUCAACAGCCUGGACAGCAUGUCCUUUACCAACAUGUGGACCACAGACACUGCCAAGCAUACAAACUUUUAACUUGAUGUUUCCAUUCCCACGAAAGCUCAGUGGUUGGGUUUUGAUUAGUUUCCUCAAGCGUACUCUGUGGUAACUGUGCUAUCCAUCACAGAGAACAUCAUUGGCUAUAUUUAGCUAUAGUUGUGCACUCCAGCACUGCCAAUUCUAAGGCUGCCUGGCUUUUUGGGCUGCUGUUAUAGAGAAGAUCUGCUCUCCCUUCUCUUUAUUGUUUUUGAUUUUUGUUUUUUCCUUCUUUUUUAAAAAUGUGUCCACUACGUAGCCAUAAAUGAAGCCAGCACUUUGGAUUUUUUGUCCAUUUCUUUCUGUUUUCUUGUUUUGUGAUAUAACCUAAAUAUUUCUAGAUAAUAAUUAUAUUUUAAACCUCUCUGCCUCACAGCUUUUCCACAAGGUUUUCUAGCUUUCAUUUUUUUGUAAAAUACCUCUCUGCUGUGUAUGUGCACAUGCACAUAUGCAUGAGUGUAUGUUAGAAUGUGAAUGACAGAGAGGUCCUGUAUAUUAUUUUGUUUAUGGAUUCAUCUGGAUGCACAGUACAUUCAAAAACAUUCAACACCUUAACUGAGACUCAUCUGUGCAAGUAUUAGCAAAUAUUUUAAAUCUAUAACUAUAGAUUGCAUUUGUUUGAUAUAAUUCUCGUGACGCACUUUAUGUUAUUAUACAUAUCAUUCUGGAUAAUACAUGAUGUCUGUCCAGUGCAUUUAAAACAUAUUUUUGCAGUUAUUCUUUCUAUCGCUGCUGUUGUUGCUGUAGCUCUGUUGUUCCUUAUCCAGUGGGUCAUUAAUCUGUGCAAUUGAAUUGGCAUUAAUGUUCUACCUGUGACUUUUUUGUAGCAAUGUGACUGAAAUGUUGUGACUUUAUUGUGGAGUGUAUGUUACAUUUUUGUUAUUACCUGUAACAAUUGUCAUAACAUGUCUAAUUAUGUAUCUGGAAGAUACUGUUCUACCAUUGGGAACAAAAGCCAUAGGUUGAAAGUUUUAUGUUUAUAUAUUUAUAUCUUUUCCUUCAUUGUCCAAUACAUACACAGCAAUUUGUGCUAACGUGAAAUGCGAAAAUUAAGAUAGUGGGAUUGAGUUUAACAGCGUUGUGCAAUUCCUAAAUUUUGCCAACUUUUCAAUAGUUGUAAUGGCUAAUCAUGAAAGAAUCUCCCUUUCGUGAUAAAAAGAUAACCAAAGAAGUUUUAAAUAAUUAAGAUAAUUAAAAUAAUUAAGCUCUAAGGUAGCAUUUUGCAAAAUGUAUAGUCUGUUCACACAUAACCAGAUCUCUUUCCAUAGUGUGUGUGUGUUGAGUUCGCUUUGGGAAAGGGGAGGGGUUGACAGAAAGGCAGGAAUAAGAUUGGAGAGCCUUGUUAGAAUUUUUGUGAUUUGAGGUGUUAGGUUAAGUACAUGUUAGAAUUCAUCCGUUUGCUUUCUAGUUACUCAGAAUGGUUCCCAGUCACUUAAUCCCCAGACACUUCAUCCCCGACACUUAACCCCCUAGACUUUUAAUCUCUAAGUACUUAAUCCCCAGACACUUAAUCCCUAAACUAAAUCCUUAACUGAAAAAAUU